CAACCGAUCCACCUGUCUGUAUAUAUCAGAUGGAGUCUUCACUCGUCCCUCAUCGUAUCACCCGUAGAGAGGCUAGGUAUGGAAAAAAGGGCACGAUCCGCCCAUCUCAAAACAAACCUCCAAAGGAAAGCAAUGAAGAACCCAAAGUCUCUGCAUCGGUACAGCGUAAUCUGCUUUAUGGAGAAGCCCUGUAUACCAUAAUACACCGCAUGGGGGUUUCUGAGUCACAACAUAUAUCUGAUAAUGACCAACUGUACAACUAUCUGCAAACGGCCUUCAACAUGGAUCCAGCAGAACAUAAUGCCAUCCUUCAAAGCGUUAAAGCCCUUGAGCCACCGAUUUUCUGUGUCAAAGUUACAGUCAAACAAGCCAAAGGGAUUCUUGGGAAGGAUGUUAGUGGUUUUAGUGACCCGUACUGUCUGUUGGGAAUUGAGAGUCGGCCUGGCAAUUACUCCAGGGAUAUCAGUCCAAAUCCCGAUAAGAAACAAAAGCAGAAAGCCGUUGUCCGGAACACACUUCCAGAGGACCAGACACACAGGACGCAAAUUAAACCCCAGACCUUAAAUCCUGUAUGGGAUGAAACUUUUAUAAUGGAAGUAGAAGACAUUGAACAUGCAAGAUUUACUAUGGAUAUGUGGGAUUAUGAUGACGUGGAAUCUGUUAAGACAAAACUUGGGGAGCUGACAGAUCUGCAUGGACUAAAAAGGAUAUUUAAAGAUGCCCGAAAGGACAAAGGUCAAGAUGACUUUCUAGGCAAUGUGGUACUACGAGUUCGGGAACUUAAAUGUAAAGAGGACCGCUGGUACGAUCUAGAACCUCGGACAGAGACUUAUCCAGAUAGAGGACGAUGUCAUCUACAAUUUCUUCUAACACAUAAGAAGAGAGCGACUAUGCUGAGCAAAAACCCCAGCUACAUCAUCCACCGCCAGUUAUUACAGCAGUUUGUACGUCAUGAGAUCACGCACCACCAGACUGCUGGAACCACAUGGGAUGGAGAAAUUGGUCCCCAUGGCACUACAAUACUCUACUUACAUGCUGCACAGAAGGAUCUGUCGGAAUUUCACCAGGGACUUGCACAGUGGCUGGCAUAUAGCAAACUGUACCAGAGUCUGGAGUUCAGCAGUAGCUGUUUGCUGCACCACAUAACAAGUAUUGAGUAUCUGUGGGUCCAAGGACGACUGCAAGAUGAACUGAGGAAGGAGCUGGCGGAAUCCUUUGACUCUCUUUUGCAAUACGGAAUGUCUGUUAUUCAGCGGUAUCGCAUUGUGUUUCCAAUGUCCGCACCCCAAUCAGUAGAACGCCUCCAGGGUUUGCUCAGGGUGCUGAUACAGAUGUGUAAGACCAAGGCUUUUAGAGAACUGUGCUCAGCCACUCCCGGUUUGCAGGACAGGAUAACUGAGGCUAUGAAGACAGGGACCCAUGAGUGGUUUGAUCUGAAGAAACAGCAUCUACAGCCAAUGAUACAGGGCUACGAGGAAAACUUGAAGUCUUUGCUAAGCCUGGUGGCAGAUGUCACCACAGACCUCCAGAAUUGUCAUAAGUACUUCAAUAAGUGUUUUAUCAACACUAUCAAGAUUGAUAUUUUCAGUCUGACGUUCCUAGAACUGGAGCAACUGGUCUCCCAGCAUUUACUAAGUCAGCUACCACCUGCUGACCACAGUUGUCGCCAGCAGCUUUCUGAGCCCUUGUAUCAACUUUAUCUCAUUCUCCGUGAACUUCACAACCUCCACAACUUCCUACCAAAUAGGAAUGCACCUCUACCACUGUCUGAAUCCCACCGAUGGUUUGCAGAUGCAUUGCCUAGCUGGAUGAAGAAGGCUUAUACCACUGCACUUGAAAGAGUCCAAAGAGCUGUACAAAUAGACCUGCUGGUUCCUCUCUCUGAGCUGCAGAAGCACAGCUCUUCCACGGUUGACCUGUCAACAUGCUUCACACAGAUUGGACGCACAUGGCAGCAGCUGGCCUGGCCUGAUCCCGAGGAAGCAUUUAUGAUAAUGGUGAAAUUCACUGAUGAUAUGUGCCGUAUUGCCAUCACAUACUGCACAAUGAUUAAGCGGAGAGCUGAGGAGUUGUCAGACAAAGGGGAUACUGGACAGGCUGCAAACAAGUUGUGCCUGAUUGUGAACAACAUUGAACAGCUGAGGUUGAUAGUACAGUCUUUACCAGAGAAGCUAGACUGGAAGUCUCUGGAGCAAAGGACAUGUGAAGCCAUAAGCUCAGAACAGUUUCAACACACACUUCAUGACCAGCUGAAUAGCGCCGUGGCAUGCUUGGACCGCGAGAUCCGCGGAGUGGUUCAGGCCCUUGCUCAAAAACUAGAUUCUGGCAUUGCCAAACAUCUUCAUUCAAUAGCAAAAGCCAGUGAUUCCCGGGACCCCAAUGAUUGCAUCAUCCCAAUGAUGAAGUUUGUAGAGUCCGAGUUACAGUACAUGAACCAAAAUCUUGUCCAGGAAAACUUUAACUGCCUCCUCGCUUUACUUUGGUCUCAUAUCCUCACAGUCAUCUCCAACCUAUCUGCACAAAUCACAGCCUCUCCACGGUAUUAUCAACGACUGCAUGCUGCACUCAAGAAUUUAGAAUCAUGUUUCCAUGCGGGAGGUUGUGGACUGUCCUUGGAGAGCCUUCACACAGCCACUUUCAUUACCCUGGGACAGGACCUUGAUCUUUGUUCCUGCAGUACUCGAAAACUAAUUGAAAGGUAUUACCAGCAGAAGAUCAAGCAGCAGCAACAGGGAGUGUCCUCUGAGAAGUAUGGUGCGGUCACAGUAAAGGCCAGUUAUCGGCAAUCAGAGCAAAAACUACGAGUGGAGAUUCUAAAUGCAGUGAACCUGCUUCCUCUGGAUUCCAAUGGGAGCAGUGACCCCUUUGUACAGCUGACGCUGGAGCCUAAGCAUAUAUUUCCAGCAGUGGAGCCGCGCUGCACACAGAUUAUCAAGAACGAGCUGAACCCUCUGUAUGAUGAGACAUUCGACUUCCUGGUGGCCCCGGAGCAAUGUGACAUUCCUGGAGCCUGCCUCCUGGUAACGGUGUUUGACCAUGAUACCCUUCUUUCCAACGAACUGGAGGGUGAAGCUUUCCUGGAUCUUGCAGAUGUGCCAGGUUUAAAAGAUGACACUGGUGACCCCGUGACCAGCAUCCCACAGAAGCGGCUCCCCCUCAGUCAUCCAAAACUCAAUGGGGAUCGAAUCCUCCAGCUCCUGGAAUGUCGUCGCUCUGAAAAGGAAGCCGUUAUGUUUGUCAAACUUCGCAGACAGAGAGCUCGUCAGUCAAGAGAAAGUGAACGAUGACCUUGGAGCAUGGGAGGCCGUGCAGAACAAGAUGUCAUUUACUGGGCAGGAGGCUCAUCUCUGAACACUCCGUGUACUGGACUUCAGAAGAACAUUAGCAA